UUACAUGGUUUUCCAGUUGCAGGCAUCCGGAAUUUCUGGUAACAGCAAAGCUCGUCCAAUUACGAUUGAUCUGCAGUCGUACCUGCAGUCUCCGGAACUUCCGGCGUCCGUAGGAGUUAGAGUUAGGAGUUGGAAGUUGAGUUGGAGCGUAGAAUGGUGGAAUGGGCCGGAGAGUUUCCCGUUCCGAGGAAGAGGAUAGGAGUGAGUUGCUCGAGAUAGAAGACUAUUUUCCUCUUCACUUCUCAGUUGGGAGAAAUGUGAAGACGAGAAAGACCGGAUCAUUUUGUUGCGAGGUUGUCUCGACAUGGAGCUUGGUGCUUGGUGCUUGGUGCUUGGUGUAGUAAGAAGAAAUAUUAAAAAAAAAAUUAACAUUGCUCCUCUCGUGCCGGUCCAGUCAUCAGCCACAACAGAGAAAUCCACGGGUCAGAAGUACUCAUCUCCACCUGGUUCUCACGCCACGGGAUUCGUGCAACCUUCCCCUGGCAUAAACCUCUGUCUGCCGCGACCACACACAUCAAGGGUGCAAUCUUCGCUGACAGGAGUCAGGAGUCUCGUAAUUUCUUCUGGUGGAGUUUGCAAAAGGGAGCCGAUAGAGAACCAGAAGAAGAAGAAGAAGAAGAAGAAGAAGAAGAAGAAGAAGAAGAAGAAGCCGAACCAAUGGCGUGUCACGGGCAUGGCGUGCGGAGUUACAGCUCUCGGAUUCCAGCAAACCAGGAAAGAGUGUCCCUUGAGACUGCAACUCGAUGCUAUAGUAGUAAUAUCUACAUUUGGAAUUUCACGCGAGCAGAAGCCAGCUUUGCCUUGCCUUGCUUUACUGCGAAGAAUAAGAAUAAAGAUGAGCUUCUUUAAUGUUGUUCCCACGGAUCAAGCUGGUAUGGUUCAAAAUAAGUCUCCUAUCUUCUCUUCUGUCUCCACACACCCCUUCCCACGCCCCAUUUCACUCUCAUUCUCAUUCUUGUUCAUUGAGUCCCACGAAGACCCCCUCAAGUUCCACGAAACGAGCCACGUACUCCCUAAAACAUUCAAAGAUCCACCAGAGAGAUUGUUAUUAAAUUAUAAAAGCUCUCUGGAUAAUAUUAUACAAUGUUGUGUGCUACGAAAAAAAAAG